AGAUAUUCAGAAUGAGUUGAGAUAUUGCAACCAAUAUAACCAUGGAUAGUGCGCUGAGAGAACAGUAAUGAUAUAUUCAAAUUAUUUAAGUACACUUGUAUUUGAAGUGAGUUCAGGAUCCGCCCAUGAGUGGGUGAAGAAGACAGUGGGUCGCACCGUUAGACAUGACCUGCACAUCUCCGGAAGUGAAAGUUAUCAAAAGUUACAAAAUUACAAUCAAUAUUGUAUUCGAUUGUAAUUACACAAAACUGCAUAUUCUGAUUAGAAACUCUGGGGAGGAUUACUAAGCGAUUUUACGGAUUUUGUUAUGGCCUCUGUUCGGCGGUAUAUCUUGAGAAGUUGUAAUGAUUAAGGUGAGAGGAUUCAUUAAGUUUAGAAACAGGUGGGAUGUUUGAAGCAAAGGUUAACCUACGUGUUGUUAAUCUGGACUAAAUUUGUAAACCCGUAACGAAUCACUGAUUAAUUACGAACGAAACUCAAUGAAAAUAGCGAAAUGAACUGGUAUGAGUAGGAAAAGCGAUGUCCACAGUGAGAAAGGAACGAGUGAGCGACUCAGUUACCAGGAACCAGUUAGGUAGUGCGGUGGGGCGACUAGACUCGCUCUCUCCUCGGCUCACAGAGAAAGUAUAAACCCCGGAUAAUAUAGUGGCCCUUUAUCUUGAAGCGUUUGAGGAUAUUUAUCUGCCUUCACCCCCACAUAAAUAAAAAUCGAGGACUUACUUGUGUAGAGAGGAUGAGGAUCUUCAGAGAGCUUCCACCACUACACGAUCUAGGUGAACAUCCUUACGUCGGCAAUUCAGAUUAGACAGCCUCAACAAAAAUUACAGAAGAAAAAAGACUGAUUUGCAGAUGUGACAGCCUUUUCUAAAUUGUAUGCCUGGCAAAACUCCAGCAAGGCAGCAGAAGCAACAGUAUAACGGCCACACCUAAGAAAACAACAAUGUGGGCUCCAUUUUAUCAAGCAAUGUCACUCGACGGCAACACGGAUCUGGGUGCGGUGCGGCGUUUGUGACAGCAACAGAAGGAAAGUUUGUGAGGUUUGGAAUUAAGCGAGAAUGAAGUCACGUGGCUGGUAUGCUGUCUUUCUGAUAUUGCCUGUUUUCAUCAUUGCUCUCAAGGGCAACUUAGCUACUACCUCCAAUACCACCUUGGAGAGGGACAUAAAUCUUCCUCUCGAAGCGGGAAAGCCUGCAAAAAACAUAUCUGGGACAAACGGCGGAAAUGAUGCUAUCGUUCCUGUUACCCGUGCAUGCGAGUUAGAUGAGAGUACAGAGCACCAUGUGUUCUUGGCGAACAGUAGUGGAGAUUCAGAAAAACUUCAUUAUUCUCAUGAUGGCGGACCUCAAAACAAGGUCUCCAGGGCAGCAGAACUACCAACAUUACUUGAAGAGGACCUUGCACCCUCAAGCAGCUCCUCCCAGCCGCACCUCGAAGACCAUAACAUGAAAAGGUCACGAACAGAGGGCACCGACCAGUCAUUUGGGAGUCAUCCUCUGCCGCCCCUGGAAGCCUUCACUCCUGUCGAAGGAGCUCGGUGGGUCGGGUACUUUCACAAUGAGGCGGUAGCAGCGGUUCUGCAGACUGAGAACGGCACUAUGGUUCACUGUGUGGUUCAGGAAGUCAUCCAGAACCGUGAGCAGUGCGCAGCCCGACAGUACCUGGGCAGUGUGAUGCCCCUGGUGCCCUUGCCCCUGCAUACCAUGGUCCACCUCAUCACUCUCUGCGGUGUUCUCAACAGCCAAACUACUACCACGGAGGACCUCGCCUCCACACCAGAUGUGAACUUGUGGUGGAUGGGUCCGCUGACAGCCUUGCAGGGCAUCUUGCCAGGGACGCUGUGGUGUGGUAAGCGGGAUCAGGCCACCUAUUACCACCAGCUGGGGCAGAGGGCCCAGCUGGACGCCUGUUGUCGCGCCCAUGACCAUUGCCCCGUCAAACUUCUGCCCCUACAAACCCGCUACGGCCUCACCAACUUCGGCUUUAGCACCAGGUCACACUGUAGCUGCGAACUAGAGUUCUUCCGGUGUCUGAAGGCCGUCAAGAUCCCGCUGGCCACCACCAUCGGUCAGCUCUACUUCAACGUCUUAAAGAUGGAGUGUUUAAACACGGUGUCCAAUAGUAACCCAGCGUCUUCACCAGCACCUCGCUCACAGCUGUACACAAUACCAGAAGAGAGUCACGGAGAAGAAGUAGAACGGCAGCCACAGCCGCAGACUCGACAACAUGGACCCUCUGGAACGGAAAACCAGGCGGUGCAGGAGGGAGUGCCUAAAACAACUCCUCGCCUGGAGUGCUCCAUCAGGGACAGGGAGGGACAGUGUCGCAUGUGGCAUAUGAACCCCAGAGGCUUCACAGAACGCUAUGUUACACAGCCCUUGAAUCUCCGGUUUUGAGGGAUUAUUGUUGGAUAAUAUUAAGCAAGACUAUGCAUUAUAAAUGACAAAAUGGAAAACGAAUUUCAAAUUUAAUGUCCGUGCUCGACCCUUAUCACGGUCCAAAAAUUAUUUAUAUUUUUUAUAAGUAUUCAGAUAAUAUUUUAGUAUUUACUCGGAUCACUAAUCUCUCAAUUAUUUUUUAUCGUAAAUAGAAGUAUUCAAAGAAGUGUUAAAAGAUCUGAAUCUCUUUAAGGUGGUUCAGAUUAUAUAGCAUCUUAAAUUAUGAUUUCUUCACAUAGCCGCAGCUGCUGCUCCUUGUUGACGUAUACAAUUUUCUUCGUUCUCAGUGUUUUUAAUGUGUAACUGAGUAUUAGAGGUUAAUAACGGUUUUUAUUCAUAGUCUCCGUAACACACAUUAACAAUUUCAUUAAUCUGUGAAUAAGAGAAACUAACGAGUCGAGUUCAAAUAUAUAUAUUCUCCGAAUUCAACAUUAACUUACAUCUAUGAGAAGAACGAUGCUAUAUUUCUAAUGCUGUUAAUUUGUUUCGAGUACGUGGUAUAUUUUAGGAAGAUUUUUAAAUGUUAUUUUGAAUUAGUAUAUUUUUAUAUUCUAACUGUUGAUGUGCUCAUUGUCUGGAUGACAGCUGGAUGUAUGGUAUUCCACAGCCUCGGCCUGACACAUUCUCAAAUUCAGUGUUUGCACUGCACAAGCGAAUCUUUCACUUUUCUUGCACAUAGAAUUUUCUCAGAUGAUUAUUGACCUUUACGUGGAAUGAGUGGAUAGGUAAACAAAAUUUCAUUCAAUCCUUUUUUUUUUUUUAGGCACUGUCUGUAUUCAAUAUUCGUUAAAACUUGUACGGUAUAUCAGAGUACAUUACGUGAUGUGUGUAAAUACGUAAUUGAGUUUAAGGGGGUUUAAGUUUAAGCUCCUAGACCUGCCUCUACUUAAUUUCGUUUGAUCUGGUUGUUUGGUAUGGUUUUUAAAGCUGUGGAUAGUUGUCAGCGUGUCACUAUAUAGUCUAUACCUCGUCACUGUUGCUGUGAUGCUAGUCAAUGUAUCUUCACAUCUCCACCUUGGUGUAGUUACCAUCUCCUCGUACAGACUCAUACAGCGUUAUCGACAUUUUUUUGCCAGCCUUUAUUACUGAGGCUCAGUUCUUGGUCUUCACACCUUUCCUGUCUAGUUCUAGCGCCCAUCUUGUAGCAGACAAGCAUUCACUUCUUUCUCAUCAGCUAUGGGCUGCACUGCAGCGCUGUAUAGCCCUUGUGGCUUAGCGCUUCUUUUUGAUUAUAAUAAUAUGGGGUGCACUCCGGCACACUCAGUUACUAUAACAUGAUAUAGAACUCUCUGAACACUUCACUAAGUCUUCAAUGCUGUUCUUGGGUUCUUGAGAGUCUUAAACUCCGGCGAUGCUCCCAUGAUGAAAUAAUCUUUUUUAUUUGUAUAUGCUAAUAGUAUUAUGCUAUGUAGGUGUACCCACCUACAUAGCAUAAUGCUAUGUAGGUGGGUACAAAAUUACCUGUAGUAAAUAAAAAUAUUAUUAAGAAGCACAUCUUGUCUGACGCUCAGCAGACGGAGGAUCAAGCGUUGAAUGACCCGCAUGGGUUUAGCGCUUAACACUAAUUAAAACAAACGUCUAUAUAUGCUACUUCCCCUAGUUUGUACUCCGUCUCUGGUCUUCUCUUCUUCCCACUUGCUGGAGUGGCUUUUCAUGAUGAGUUAUGCCUGUGUGCUUCUGUUAAAAUAAUCAUGGACUCGCCUUGUUAUAAUUAAUAUUUUUUUUUAUUUUAAACCAACAAAUUCUAAAAUAUUUCCCUUGGCUUAAACCACAAAGAAUGGCGUUUUUUUUUUUUUAGUUUAUUUUUUUUUUUACACGUCAGACCGUAGUGGGUUUAGCGCUUUUUUUUUAUAAUUUACAUUAUCAAACUCACCAUUGGAGAUAUUUAUAUUUUCAUUGUUAAUGUGUACGAAAGAUGAAUAAAUAAAGAAUAAAUG